GGGCUAGCAUCGACAAAGCCAGCUGCACACGAUGGGUCGGCGAGACGUAUCUAGAGGCUAUGGCGCCUGCUCUAGAUUCGGCAAUUGGGCGAAGCGAGUUCCUCAAUGCUUGGAAGGACCAUCUUCCUGAUUCAUGGCGGGAUGAGGUAGCAUUGUCUAAACUGACGGAGAGCUCCUACAGGCAUCCAGACCAAACAACAAUCUGCUUCGUCAACAAUAUCGAUAGACAUAAGAUCAAGAAGAAUAUCUCGACAGAUGCCACUACUGCAACGGCGGCCAAAAAGUCACGAAACUGGCAUGAACUGUUCAGAAACCAAAAACGACAGAAAAAUUGA